CAAGACAAAAACAAUAGAACGUUAUCAGCAACAGGCAGCAAUGUUGUUUACUAAGAAGUGAUUCUUCGUUCCCAAGACAGCAAUCUUGGACUUCCACUGAAAUGGAUUCUCCAGCACUGCUGGCAAGAGAUCCUGAAGGGGGACAGGACACCACUCCCCAUCUGCAAUGCCAUUCCCAUGCAUUGCCCUAAAGAUUGCUGCCUUGCUUGGCUCUGUCGCUCUCCCCCCACCCCACCCGGCUGCACAGCAUCGUCUCUCAGCCCCCUUGCUCCGAAGUGCUGGUUCCUGGCCCCACCUCCUGUCCUGUAUGCCAUUGCCUUAGGAUCCUCCUGAUUCCGGCUGCCCUUUUGGACCUUGCUCUUUGCUACAUAUCUUGUGUAUAAAAUCACUCUGUGGUUAUAGCCAACUGUUCUGUUCUUUGAGGAGGUUCUUGGUCUCUCCCUGGCCACCUACCAUCUGCUGCUUCCUGAGACUACAAUCGCAGAUCUUCUGUUUGGAGCGACUGGAUCGCCUGGCUGGGGACCCUGAUCUGAUCGACCAUCCUUUUCAGGAGACCUCUGCCAGAGAUCCUGGAGAGUUGCUGUCAGUCAGAUGAGAGAAGACCCAGUGUGAGACCCAGGUCUGAAUCCCCACUCUACGGUAGAAGCUUGCUGGGUGGCCGGGGGCCAACACACAUGCUCAGCCUCACCUGCUGUGAGGAUAAAAUGGAGGUAUGAACUGGAGGUGAAGUACAAUUCAGCAGAGCACUCACCACCUGCAGCAAUGGCUGUCAUGUUCUGGGAGAGUUGGUCCUUUCUCCAUUUCCAGUAUGGCCACAUCUUCCAGCCUUCAGAACCUAGUAGAGCUCUGCUGCUCAUCAUGCUGGGGAAAGUCUUGCUUAAUUUGUUUCUACUGAGAAUCAGAAGAAGAAAUCUGCGUGAGAGUUUUAUGGUCCACUUCUGCAUUUCAUUAGCCCUCGUUGACUUGGUGCUUCUGGUGACCAUGUUUUUCAUCUUCUACUUCCAGGACUUCAUGAUUAUGGGCAUCCGGUUUACCAAAUAUCAUAUCUGCCUUUUGGCACAGAUUAUGGCUGUUACCUAUGGGGUCUUACAUUAUCCCAUUUCGCUUAUGACUGGCCUGGAUUACUACUUGACAAUAACCAAAGCUUCUAAGUCUCCUAAUGUAUGUCGGAGAUUAUUGUACAUAGUCACUGUCAUCUUAACAUGGAUUUCAGUUCUCUGUUAUGUUCUGACAUUACCAAGCAAUACUGUAGGACUAGACAAUCAACUUUACAAUUCUGGAUACCAGUGUCCAUUCUACAUCAGCAGUCAAAGCUACUGGCUCUCACUAGGUAUGUUAUUGAUCAUAUGCCUGGCUUUUGUACUGUGUUGGUCAGAAGUAGUGGCUAUGGUACAGCCACUAAAGCUGGUUUUGUAUAAGAGCGAGACUGUGUUGUUUUUUCCUCAUAUGCCUGAGUGUAGCCCUAGAGACUGUGCAAAGCAUUUCUUGACACGGCUGCUAGUCUGCUUUGUUGGCAACUGGGCACCUUUUGUUUUCCUUCAAAUGCUCAUUGUGUUACUUGAUGUUCAGAUUCCUGCCUACAUAGAGAUGAACGUUCCCUGGCUUUACUUCACCAACAGCUUUCUUAUUGCAGUUGCUUAUUGGGUAAGGCGUCGGCAAAUUGAGCUGACAGAGGAGGUCUGGGAUGCUGAUCCAUUUGUCAACUGGAAAUUCUGUUUUGUCCCUUUCCACUCUCAGAAUGCAGAUGAAAAGCAGAAACCCACCAGUGAAAUUGUUAUCUGUUAGCAAGCUGUUGUGGGAGAAGUAUGUUGAUUCAGCACAAUUCUUGGGAAGGAUGUGGCUUCAUGCUUGCUGUGAACUUAAUGGGAGAAUAAUACACAAAUGUAGCUGUGAAGGGGGGGGUAAGUGCCACCCAUGAUGCUAUAAGGGCAUAAUGGUUUUUUUCCAAGUUGGAUUUCUAGCACAGGUGCUAAUUUCAAAAUAAAGAAUGAAAACUUACCUUCAGAGAUGCCUGAUUAUUGUUGUUAGCAAUAACAGAGCUUUUGGAUAACAAGGAAUCUAUUACUGUCAAACAAAGUAUGGUAAAAUUCUCCUUUCUUAACAUCCUACUGCAGAUGUGAGUGAAUAUAAAAUAGACCACAGACUUGCGUGCAAUGCCUCUUAUCUUUUGGUGCAAGUCAAGAACACUGGUCAGCUGUCCCAAGGAUCACCCUUGCUAGAGCAAUCAGAAAUGCCUUUGCUCAUAUAUAUAUACCAUGCCUAUGCACUUAUGAGCAGGUGAGGACUUGGUACCAAGUUGCCAGCCAUGAGGAAGUGAGACUAUGAAAUACAAAGAAGUUUCUCAAGUAUGCUGCCAUCCAUAUUUUAAAAGCCUUUGUCUGGUCUACAGAGGCCUUCCAGGCAAAGUCAAAAACAUGGCUGAAGCUGCUGUUUGUUCAUACAAGUUUUAUUUUUAAUAUUAUGGAUGUGUUUUUGUGUUUAGAUUUUAUUUUUACUAUUGAUUCAUUUUCUUGCCAAAAAUCUGCGCUGAGCUUGUAAGGUGGGAUAUCAGUUUGAAAUAAAUUAACAAAUAGCUGUUGCAUGUGCUCUUAUUUCAGAUGUGAUAAUGGAAUAAAAUAAUCAAACC